AGUUGACAACUUGCGCACAUACAGACCAAAGGAAACAACAAACACAUAUACAUACGUUCACCGCCGAUAGUGAUGCUCGUCCAUACCACCCCUCAGGCCGGAGUGCUCCAUGCCGUUGCUUUGACCUCCGCGGGCCUCUUCGCUGGCGCCGCUUUGUACGUCACGGCUGUCGAGCAUCCUGCUCGCUUCGCACUUUCUGCGGAUAUCGCUAGGGCUGCGUUCAAGCAAAGCUACCCUCGCGCAGCCAGACUCCAAGCAGCGCUCGCAACCAUCGCUUCCGGUGCGAGCUUCGCAGUCGGCUACUUGUACAACUCGCAGCCCCACUACAUCUCCGCCGCCGCCUUCCUCAGCAUUCCCAUCUACACCAUCGGCUUGAUGCUGCCUUUGAACAAACGGCUGCAGUUUGGCAGUGGGACUACAAAGGAGAUUGUGACGACUACCAACACGGUGGCGGCUGAUAGCAGCGUCUUUGCGGAUUUCAGGAAGUGGGGAUUGUUGCAUCUGACCCGUGUAGUGGUGUCGGGGAUUGGGUUUGGUGCGCUCGUGCUAGCCACACCGUAUGCGAUCGGUUCCAUCUGAUGUUGACGAAAGAUUGGGAUGAAGCGAUUCCAUGCAUCGGGUUGUUGAUCGCUGAACUAAAUCCCAGGAAUGUAACUUAAUGGUACAGGUU